AUGCUACACUUCGUUGUGAAGUCAAGAACAGACUGCCUGAUGCUGACAGACCCAAAUGUGGACGAAACACAGCUGGCUCCUGCACUAUGCGCUUUACAGGGGACAACUAGCCAACAAGGGGGUGAAAAUCGAGGACGUGAAAGUGAACAGCAGGUUCAGGAGUUAAAACAACUCGUCGAAGGGCUGCAGAAGCAAGUGCAGGCAAGGGACGAUUGGUGUAAACACCUUGAAAAGCGUUCCUCUGAAGAGCAAGAGAAACAUACGAAGGAGUUGGAUGCUCUCCGUCGGCAGAUAAUGGAGUUGCAAGGAGAGCUGAAACAAAAAGGGCGCAAAGAUCUUGGUCCACCCACAUCCCAAGGGGAAGACAAAGAGAGGCAACGGGCGCAGCAGGAGCUGGAAAGGAUUUCCCAGGAGCGUCGUCAGCUACAGUUGCUUGCUGCGGAACAUGCAAAAGCCAAGUCAUUCGCUGAAGAGGAGCAAAUGCGACUACAAAACGAGCUGGCGGCGACUCAAGCAAGGACGAGGGAUCUCGAGCAUCAGUUGUUGCUCGUGGACCAGCAACUAGUUGGGAUUCUCAACCAGGCCACGGCGCACGGUGAAACUCCCACGGGGUUGACUCAGUUAGGGCCCAGCCCACCACUUGGCACUUGGGCGCUGAAAAAGCUGCAGGGGAUGCGGGAAACGCUGAGAGGAAUUGACGGGAAAGAGCCACUUGGACCGACGGCGCAAGCGCGGCGCCAGCCCCCUUUAGAAGUUGCAACAUUCGCACCCCUGCAGAAAUUGUCACAAGACUCGUCAAGGCACGCUGACGACGCACCAGGUCAGGCUCCAAGCCCUACGGAGCAACAGCAGUGUUUACGAGCUGUAUGUCAGCAGCGUCCCACGACUCCGCAAUACCACCGCCCUGUUCAUAUUGCCCAGGAAGCACAAGCUAGUCCACCAAUAAGCCAGAUUCCGGAGCUGGAUUUGAAGAAGUUGCAGCCAGAGCAGCAGCGAGCGGGGCCCUGGACAAAUGGGCGAUGCGAAGCUUCUCCCAUGGGCUAUCACGGUACGGAGAUACAAUCAGGGGAGAGACAGCACGCGGAUGCGCACCCAGAACUAUGUGCCGGCGGGAACUCGAAGGCUACAGGGGAAGUUCAGCACCAACGUCUUUAUGUGCAUCAAGGCGCCCAUGUUGUCCCAAGAGGCGAACAACUCAAGGAGCAUCUCAACAGGCAGCGCACUCACAGACAACAGCUGUUGCAGCAGUGUGUCCACCCGCCUCAGCAGACGUUAUACACUCAAGUGAAUCCACAGCUACAAGCUUCCUUCUCUUCCAAGUUUAGGGAUCCACAAGUGGCUGUGCAGAACUAUGCAGCGUGUUCGUUGCCGUUGCAUCUGAGAAAUGGGUCCAGUCCAGGGCCCGUUAUAGACCAUCGUUUUCGUGGCGUUUCUCCCCAAUGCAACGGACGCAUGACCCCCUCAAGGAUGAAUGCGCGCUGCUUAGGAUUGAAUGCGACCUAG